GGAAGGAGCAGCCCGGAGAUACUAGCAGGCUUCUCUGUGUAGAAGGCUGAGAAUGACAGUAUGACUGUGGGAAGUUGGUGUGGACUGGAGAGGUCAACAAGAGUGUGUAUCUGGACCAGGACAAGUGGAAGACUUGGGCAGUGCAGGGACACUUCUUUCCAGGCCCUCUGUGUGAACUAGGCUGCCAUCGUUCUGAGGAGGAGUCCAAGAAUCCUCUGCGUCCAGCUUUUGUAGUCCCCCGCACCCGGUCCCGACCCUCGCUGCCUCCUGCCAUGCCUACGCUCCCUGAGGAGGAAGAGGAUUCCCCUGAGGAGUUGGACAGUUCUUCCAGCUCGCCCAGUACCUAUCGACCGGAUGAAACCCAGACAGUUAUCAUGACUGUCCCCACCAUUGUCUUCCCGCAGCAGCUCACUAUUUUGCAACAAGAUGGACGUCCCCUUGAGCAAGCCAGUCCCAGAACUCGUCUGGCCAGAAACACCUCGUCUGGAGCACCCAUUACCACAGUUGACAGUGCAGGGAAUGUGAUUGAUCUGGUGAAAGACCAGCUCCCAGAGUUCCAGCUGUCUGAGGAGGACAGACAGAAGAACCUGCAGCUGUUGGAGCAGGCAAAGCAGGUCAGCGACCGCUUCCUGAUACGCCGUGGACGCAGGUCCACAAGCAGCCUUACUGAGUCACCCAAAGGUCUUUCUCCAAAUCCAACUCCAUCGUCAUCGCCAGGGCCCUCCAGAAGUACUUCGCUUUCUGCGGCCCCUCAAAUUGUGGCGGGACCUGCAGAGGUGAACUAUGCCGCGUCACAGUUUGGCAGCCAGCAUCUGGAAGUCCCAGCAGGGAGGGAACAGCCAGACAUCCCAAUCAAGGAGCAGGAGGGUCCCAAACUGUUGGUGGACUGGAAGCCUAAUGAGAAAAGAAAAGUAUCCUCUGGCACCCUAACGCCCCGUUAUGCUGUGCCGAAAGAGAAAUAUGAACCUUGUGACCCUAAGAAGAGCCCUGGUCUGACAAUGGUCAGUAAAGUAGAUGAGGGAACAGGAGCAGGCCGAGGCCCAAAUCAGGCCCUGGCCACAGGGGUGGCCAAACCUGUCCCCCGGCCCCCCACUCAGCAGGCGCCCUGUACAGCUGAGAUCAAGACCAUUGGGGCGUUUCCUCCGCUAAUGAGAGCCGUGUCCUGGGACAAUGUAGGCACCCUUAAUUCCCGGAAUGGAACUCCUAAUUUACCCCCCACUGUAGAAGAGACCUCCUUUCCAGACAAGCCCCAGGAGAAUCUGUUCAAGUCCUCCGGUUAUAAGGACUUCCCAGCCCAGCCUGUCAGUGCAGAGAAACUCUUGAAACUCCGAGAGGAAAAUAAACUUAUACGGAACCAAAGCAUUGUGGGAUCCAAACUGCCAGACUUGAGUGAAACUGCUGAACAGGAAAAAGGUCCUCCACCCUCUCUAACCUCCCGCAGUGGGGGGCAAACUAGGGAGAAGUCAGAUGCCAUGCCCAACAUCUCAGACGUGAUGCUGAGAAAACUUAAGCUCCAUCGGGGUCUUUCAGGCUGUGCACCUCCACUCACUGAAAAAGAAGUCGAGAAUGCCUUCGUUCAGCUUUCGCUGGCGUUCAGGAAUGACAACUACACUUUGGAGACCCGGCUGAAGCAGGCGGAGAGGGAGCGGAAUCUGACGGAGGAGAACACUGAAAAGGAACUAGAGGAGUUCAAAGGCGCCCUGAAGAUGACAGCGCCACAGUGGCAGAACUUGGAGCAGCGUGAGGCCUACCAGCGCCUCAUAGAGACGGUGGGGGUGCUACACCGCCUGGCCACACGUCUGUCCAGCCGGGCGGAGAUCGUGGGAGCAGUUCGACAGGAGAAGCGUAUGAACAAGGCCACUGAAGUCAUGAUGCAGUACGUGGAGAAUCUGAAGAGAACUUACGAGAAGGAUCACGCAGAGCUGACGGAGUUUAAGAAGCUCGCCAACCAGAACUCCAACCGCUGCUAUGGAGGCUCAGUAGACACUGGAGAUGACGGAGUCCCAAGACCUUCGCGAUCCAUGUCGCUCACACUUGGAAAGGCGUUGCCCAGACGGAGGGUCAGUGUAGCGGUGGUUCCUAAAUUUAACCUCUUGAACAUCCCUGGUCAGACCCCAGGCACCACAAGCCCAGGCCCCAGUCUGCCUCCAGGCCCCAACUCUGGACUCAGCACCAAUGCUGCACUCCCUGCCUUGUGUGAAGCAAAUGAUCUGAAGGGAAGCCCCCCAACAGAGGCUGGACCACUAACACCAGAAUGUGGAAAGAAGGUGUCGGAGCAGGAAGCUGAGCCGUCUGCACCCGCCAAGCUCCCAGUCAACCUGGAGGAGAUCCGGGCCGAGAUCCGAGCAGAGAUCAGGGCAAAGGUUGAAGAGGAGGCCUACAAUAAAGGCUACCAAGAGGGACUCAAAAAAAUUAAAGACAUCCAGGAGCUGAAACCUGAAGAGAAUAAGAUGGAGGAGAGAAUGCCGGAGUCAGAGGCUAAGGAUGAGGAGAGUGGAAAGAAGAUUAAGAGCAGCAGCAGAAUUGAAGAGGUCCUGGUUCUGCUUGACCGCUUUUCCCCAAAGAUAAGCUGGCGGAGCCGACUGUUCUGGGUCGUCCUGACACUGUGCCUCGUGGUGCUGCUGGUUGUCAACGUGUUUACUUCCUUCAGUGACGUCUUCGACGACCAUGGAGACAGUUCAGCAGGAAAAGCUUUGGUCCAAGACAAGAAGAACAUCUUUGGACUCAAUGUGGGAGCACAGCCAAAGAACCCCACUAAAGAAUAGCAGAGAGAAAUCCACUAAUUCUCUAUUUCUGCACCCCCCCCCAAAAAUCUCCCCAUAUCACCACUUCAGAGCUGAUCUGACUGCAGGCCUUGACUGCAGGCCUUGACUCCAGGCCUUGACUCCAGGCCUUGACCUCUUCAGGAUCAGAGGAUGUAGUUCUGAGAGCUUUUACUUGCUGUUUUGGAUGAUUUCACUUUUGUCACAGUUAACCCAGUUGUAGUUUUGUUUUGAUAGGCAGCAAGACAUUAAGACCAUUUCUGUCUAGGGACCAAGAGUAAAGUAUGACUAAAUAUACUGACACAUGUACACGAGACACAUACUUAAUACGCUUCCUUUCAUUCUGAUACUGUAGAUGUUAUCUAGACGGAGGGAAUCUAUCACUUUGAAUUUUCCAUCAGAAACACAAAACAGACACAAGACGAAGUGUACAUCGGUCUACACUCUAAUUUUAUUGUAAAAUCUCUCAGGUGCACAAAACAAUGAAGCCCUUGACAGAGUCUUAUGUGAUUUUUCAAGAGAAAAAAGUAAAGGAACGUUUUCAUCUUUGCUGAAACUUCCUGUGGUAUAUGUAUUUAAAAAGAGCUUUUGAGGACAGGUAAAUGUAAGCACAUUCCAAGUUACUUUCUUUAAAAGUGCAAUAUGUUGUGGCUGACUUCUUGUUUGUAUUGUGUAACUGUGUUCAGAGCGCUGAACGACUUCCCUCAUGUAUGCGAGCACUCUUCACAUGACGUCAGACGUCUUCUCCAAUCAUGUUUUGCACGCGUGCCUCCCCGUGUUAUAUGGUUUUUACAUUCUGCCACUUCAUCUUUAAAUAAAGCUGCGCA